AUGUCAAGCAUUGAAGCUGGUAGAUGUGAGGUGUGGACGAUGGAUGAGUAUGGGGCUGCUGAAGCAUGGGUCAAACAUUAUGAGUUUUCACAGUUUAGUUGCAUAGUUCCAAUUGGAUUCACAUUACACAGUGAGUUUCUUUUUAUUCAAGUUGGUGCUGGUCUAGCUUUGUAUGAUCCAAUUGCAGCCAAUAUUAAAUUGAUCAAUACUAUGGCUACACAAAAUGGCUGGAUAAAAAUUAUUGAGUAUGUCGAUAGUCUUGUUUGGAUAGUACCUCCUAAGUGUGAGAUCAACUCUUCCAACAUCUCUCACUUUGAAAAUUUAGAAAGAUGA